CUUAUCGCCCAGCCAAGAUGGCGGAUCUUGCAAUUUCGUAUCUGAGGUGAGGAGAAAUGUGGGCUUUUACGUACUUGAAGCUUCUGAUCUGUGUUCGUUUUACUCACAGUGAAGAUUUUCAAACAGUUUUCGAUUAGAUUUUGAGUUUUUUUCGAAGGAACUAUGGAAUUUGAUAACUUUUAACCCCUGUGCAAGGUAGCCGAUGAGGGAACUGUUUGGCCCUAGAACAAGGCUGUACUGUCCCAUAAAGGCACAUACUAUUCAUCUAAAUGAUGGUUGAAAGUAGACUCAAAACAUCAGCAGCUGCUUUGCAUUGUAUAUAAGAAAAAGGAGACAUGUCACCAGUAGUCUCUUCAGUGUCAUUUGUGUGGCACUGGCCACUGUUCUAAUGCCUUUGACAGAGAUGUGUUCUUGAGCUUCAAGAAUGUGAUUGAGUAAAAAUGAUUGAAGCUUUUCAGAAUGAUGAAACUUUUAUUAAUGGAGGAAAUCCACCUUUACAUUUUAUAGAAAAACCCUGUUUACUUGACAUAAGUCAUGGUUAUCAGUAACGAGGAGGUCUCAUAACUUUCCAUGUGAAAGCUAACCCAUUGUGAAAUGAUCUGUAUGAUCUAUAAAUUUAGUUUGCAUGACAAGUAUAUAUGCUUUAAUUCUUCCCCAAAAUGGACUUAAAUGGCAUACAGAAUCAGUGCUUUAGUAUAUUUCAUAUAGUAAACUGCUAAUCAGCAUUGCUGAACAGCAGAUUGAGAUGGAAACUAAAGAAGAGACAACAGAGUCAGGUGGGGGUGAUGAAAAUGCAUUGACUACUUUCUCAAUCCCUAAGUCAAGCUCCUUCUCACCCAAGGUAGCAAGGCCGAAGUUGCCAGCCUGUGCUGGAAACAGAUCACCCUCACGCUCCAAGACUGACCCAGGGCGUGAGGAAAUUAAAGCCAUUUUGGAGGACAUCAAGAACCUAAAGAAAAUCGACUUCAAGACCUUCAUCCGUCCACGUAGUGUCUCCAGCCAUCAGCAGCAGGGAGCACAGCUUCCAGGAGGAUAUGCUACACUGCCCUACAAGUCUCAGUCAACCACUACAUCUCCAAAUCAGUCUCCACGUAUUGGUUCACCAACGGUAGAGGACCCUCGGUUCUCCCGAGAUAGAUCUCGCAGUUUGAAGAUGUUGACAGAUCGACUUAAGAACAAGAGUGGCAAGCUUUUAGGAGAGCAUACAGUUUCUCGUGGCCAAACAGAGCCAGGGGAACUCGGAGAAUUCAGGCGUGAAGGGUCAGUUCCAAGUGAAUUUCUACGCAUUAGUCAUGGCCCCAGUCCAGAUCGAUGUUCAGUGGAGCGUGUAGUGGAAGAAGAAGAAGAGGUGGGAGAAUCUGAAGAAUCUUCCCGAAAUGACAAGGCAAAGCAACACUUAGGUGUAUCACUGACUUCUCAGUGCAGCACAGACAGCAUCAAUGCUCCACAUCGUUACUCCAACAGCCGAGAAAGAACCCCAGAAAGUGAUGGGGGGAUGGGUCAUAGAGAGAAGACCCCUGAGAGUGAUGAAGCACUCAAGACACCUGAUGAAGAUGGAGAGCCAUCUGUCCGUCCCAAAAUUGCUAGAGAACGAGUCAUGGAAGAUGAAGGUGUCAGUGAGAUUUCAGAUGCCCCGCGACCUAUAGUUAGCACCCAUACAUAUCACCCUACCAUCGGCCGCAACAAAAAGUUUCUGAGGCUUGUAGCCACAGCUCCUGGCCCAAGGCGAAGAACAGGCAUCACAACUCUAGCAACACUUGGUCAUGUACAGGCCAUGUAUGGUAAGACUCCUAUGGACGAGCCAGCUGCAUGUACUGAAGAUACUGGUGCCAGAGGUCGCUACCAGCGUCGCAGUGAGGCUGGUCCUAACAGCAGCCAGAAGGGACAGCAGUCUACGCAGCGUUUCACUACCCACCCACCUCACAAGAAAGGCGGUCAUUAUGAAGAGGGUUCAGUGGAUACAAACGGUUUUGCAACCCUCAAAACUUCAUCAGCAGACAGUGACGAUGAGGUAAAGCAGCAGUCACAAUCAUCCCUGGCUGAUUCACAGAUUACAUCAGAAGAACCCGAGAUGUUAACCUAUCAGGAUGUGGUUGAAAGUGUUGUGGCAGGUCCGGUGUUGGCCUUACCUGAUGAAAAGGAUCGCAAGAACGGCAAAGCAGGAAAGCAGAAAUCACGUUCUGAUCCAAACGGAGAUCGUUCAAGAGAGAGUCUUGAUUUUGCUCCAGGCAUCGAGUCUAGUCAGUCACGGAGUGCGCCUUUGUUAGGCAAAGACAAUGAUGACUCCAUUGUUGAGGAGUUCCAUAUGCCUCAAUCAGACAAUGCCCUUUCUCCACCACCUCUUGAUCUGCCCAUGGAGAGCGGUGGAGAGCAUACAUCAGAUGAAGAGGACCAUUUAGAGAUAGAGAGUGGGACAGGAACAGAGAGUAGUGAUCUGCUGACCCCAUCAACUGCCUCAGGGGAGCUGCCAUGCAGUUCUGCUCCUCCUACUCCUAAAAACCAUUCUCCAACAAACACCCUUGAACGCUCUUCCUCACAUGCUCAUCCACACCUCCUAAGUGUUCCUUCCAGCUCUAUUGGUCAUCGAAAGCCAAUCUCAAGAUCAGCAAGUUCUGCAAGUGUGCUGCAGAAUCGAAAACAUCAAAGUGCUGGCCGUGGCGACAGAGAUAGUUCACGGAAGUUUAGCAUAACAACCGAUGAAGCCAUGACUACCUCCCGUUCGUCCAGUCAUCUGGUGCCAGACUUCACCCCACUUGCAGAUUCUAAUACAGCAACCAGCAUGCCUGUUGUUUGGAAGGAUCGACUGUCUAGCACAGAAUCUCCUGAACGUGAACCAGGUUUUAUCAAGGACAAACGAUAUCACAUAGUUGAAGAGUUAUACAGGAAUGAAAGGGAGUACGUGGAAGCCCUACGUGUUCUAAAAGAGAAAUAUAUGACCCCUCUAAAGAACUUAAGUAAUGUUGAUGAUGCAGUUGUAAAUAAAAUAUUUUACAUGAUUCCGGAGAUAUUGAUGCAUCAUUCAGUAUAUCUGGAUUUGCUAGACAAGACCUGGAAGGAAUGGGAUUCCAAAACAUCUACAGUUGGCAACCAUAUCUUGUGCAUUUUUUCAAAACGUACAGUUCUAGAGAGUUAUCUUUUCUUUGUUGAGAACUACAACAAAUCUGGCAAGGUGAUCGAAAAUGCAUUGACAACAAAAUCAUCCAUGCAAAAAUUUAUUGAGCAAUGUCAAAAAGACAGCGGGAGCAAACUGUCAAUGAAAGACCUCAUUGUGCGGCCGAUACAGCGCAUUCCUCGCUAUGAACUUCUUAUUCAGAGAUUGCUGGAUAACACACCAGUCGACCAUCCAGACCAUGUGUUGCUGCAGCAAGCCUGUCGAACUAUGCAUGAACUGGCUGUUAAGAUUGGCACUGCCACUGAUUCACAGCAUGAAGAAGAUAUGCAAGAAACUUUGAGAAAACUGGAACUACUUUUAAUUGAAGAGCUGGUAGCAGCUGAGAGGUCAUACAUCCGCCAUGACAUGAUACAGAUGUUGAACAAAAAGGACCAGUUUUGCUUAUGGCUCUUCUCCGAUCUUAUCAUAUUAAGCAGCAUUAAACGGAAGAGUGGCCCUGUGACACGGAAAGUCUCCAUUAUCUUAAAAACACCAGGCGGCCAAGACUUUGCCGAGAAUAUUAAGCACAAAGUGUGGCACAGAUUUGGUCUUGACUGCUUAGAGAUUGUAAAAACCCAAGGAACAUUAAGCAGAAAACCUACUAUAGACAAAGACCAGGUGGAAGAGGAUUUAAAUAUAGCCAAUCAGAUCUUGGAACUUUGUUCACGCUUUAAUACCCCACAGCAGCAUCUGGAAGAAGUGGCGAAGGAACUGGUCUGUUCACUCUCCCGACAGUUAGCGGAAGCAACUCUCCGCAGUUACUCAUCUGAUUCCAACAAGCUCGAACUUCUUGCCACAACACAAGAGAAAAUUCUACAUUUAGAGAUUUUAUUUCAAUCUGCUGAAAAGAGGGCUUCGUGGGAAGCAGCCUUUACAGAUGCCAAAAAUAAACUUUCAUUAAUGACGGACAAGAGAGCCCCAGAGUUCCUCCAGCCUUUACAGAUUACCAAAACUCGUGCUGGAAUGCAGUUCUCAUGUGCGGCUCCAAUUGAUGGUGUGAAUGCAAACGGAUAUCGUGAUGUGUGGGUGUGCAACAGUGAUGGCUAUGUGGGUCACAUGUGCCUGCUGAGCCUGCAGCCAGAGCCCAUUGUGACACUCAAUACACCUGUUCCGGGCUGUAAUGCUCGCAUUCUCUGCAUUUGUGCUGUCCCUGCUUUUAGCGGAGCUUUUAGACGACGUAGCAGUCAGAAGGCAGAACGCGUGAGAGGGAGCAGGGGCCGAGAAUACAGGUGGAAUGUAUGGAACAAGAAGAGGAGGAGGAGGAGGAGAAGCCUGGGUCACAAGAGAGGAGGAGGUCAAGUCAAACGAGUACGAAGACGAGGGACCAGUGGGUGUGAGGAAGAGGAGGAAGAUGUUGAAGGCGAUGCAGCGGUGGAAGAGGGCUACCAGUCUGACUCAGAGACGAGCGACGAUGAUGAUGAUGGCAUGUCGUUUGUGUCGAAAAAUGAUCUCUAUGUUGGAGACCUGCUUUCUGAUGAAGAUAUUCACCGCCCUAGAGUGUCCGAACUGACACAGAGUUCUCCAGACCCUAUCACCACAUCUGGUACCUGGCAACAAGACCCUUUGAAAUCUACCAUGUGGCUAGGAACAGAGGAUGGAUGCAUCCACAUUUUCCAGUGCACAGACAACAUUAAAACAACAAAAAAUAAACUGAAGAUUCAGCAUAGUUCACCAGUCUACUGUAUAGUGUACUUAGACAACAAAGUGUUUGCUUCUCUUGUGAAUGGUGACCUCAUUGUAUAUAAAAGAGAUGCAGAAGGCCUUUGGGACACAGAACAUCCAUACACUCGCACUGUUGGCUCAGCAACCUCACCCAUCACCAAAAUGCUGGCUGUGGCAGGCAAACUGUGGUGUGGAUGUCAGAACACUAUCCAUGUUCUCAAUCCUCUUGCACUAAACAUUGAGCGUUCAUUCCAAGUGGGCUCAGACCCCAACAGAGCCGUGCAGUGCAUGGUGUGUUCAGGUCAGGGGGUGUGGGUCGCAUGCCAGCAAAGUUCAAAAGUCUAUUUGCUACAUGCCAUGACUUACGAGUUUCUUCUGGAAGUCAGCGUGGAACCAGCUGUGGUUCAGAAACUGCAAUCGGCCGAUGAGAUUAUUCGACAACACAAGACAGCCUGCUUAAGGAUUACAGCAUUACUUGUGUGUAAAGACCUGCUGUGGGUCGGUACUAGUGCGGGUGUAGUUCUCACUGUACCCAUCCCUAAGAUCUUAUCCACCACUACCCAUGGCUCACUAGCCACACCCACUGUGACUGGGUUGGUGUAUGGACACACUGGGCACGUUCGAUUUUUGACCUGCGUGGAGCUUCACAAUUCUGGCACCAGCCAAAAGUCAGAAUCCAGUAUCGCCAAAGACGCUCACACUAGUGAGGGCAUUACCCUCCAUGAUCUUCAUCGCAGGUCAUCAAUGGCAGCCACCAUGGCAACCAUGGCAACCCGAAUGCUAGUGAUCAGCGGUGGAGAUGGUUACGAGGAUUUCCGCAACAACACAACCAAUGAGGCAGCAGGGCGCGAUGACAGCACCAACCACCUCUUGUUGUGGCAGGUCUGAUGUAGGCAGCACCACAUGACACUGGAAGUUCAUGACCUCUCAUAUUUGACUUUUGACCAGUUUUAAGAACUUUAACCUCGCCUUCUGCUUGUAGUUACACUUGUUGGUGAUACUAUGCCCUUUCUGGUGAUAUUUUUUAGCUGUAAAAUUUCAGUGGUUGUGGAUAUUUUUUAAGACUUGAAUAGAGGAUGAUAAUUUUGGGGGGUAGAGUGUUGGGGUGGUGGGUAGGGGACUACAGGAUGAUUGGUCAGGAUCUAGGACAGUUUGCUCUGUAAAGAGGACAGCAGGAAGACAGUAAACAUGGCUGGAUGAAACAAAUUUUAGAUCAGCUAAAGUUUGCUUGCGUUGAAUACUAUUUAUUCCACAUGUGUAGCUAUCAAGUUCAAGGCUUUGAGGUUGUAUUCUCCCUUUGCUUUGAAGUUUAAUUAUGGCAUACAAGUAUUGAUAUCAUUACAAACAAUAGUUAUUAUUGGAAGGUAUUGACUGUAUGACCAGCAUGGCCUGUAUAUUUGGGGUUCUGCAUGUCAUGUGGUUAGUUCAGAUCUAGAGAUUCUGCUGACAACAGUUUAUUUCUUAUUUCCCCAAGGAUUAUGUUACAAAGACUGUACAUAUUUCUGAUACUUGAUUAUUGCCAGCGAAUCUUUUCAGACAGUGUAAACACUUUAACCAAGAACUGACCUAUCAUAAUGUCAACAAUGGUGCUUCAAGGAUUUGUGAUGCAAGCACCCUGCCAUAAACCUAAAUCAACUUUGAUUUUCAUUCAUUAGACCAGCUGUGAUGUUGAAGAUGGGCGUUCUUAAGCAAUCCCUUUGAAGCUGCUGCUUUGUUGAGUCUCAUGGUGCAGUAUGUCAGUGAAAGAGAAAGAAUGGGUUUGAAAAGAGCAUUUGACCAAAACGGAUACAAAAAUUUAGGUGCAUUGGUGCUAAAUAUGGAAAGCAAUUUAUACAUGCACCAGUAGGAUGGCUUAAUUAUCUUGUGUAAAAAGGGCAUGAAAUUUCGACCAAGGCAGUGUUUUCUUCUCUACAGAUGAUUAUGUAACUUGAAGUGUGCAUGAAUCAGGAUGUGCUUAAGAGAGUUUAAAACACCAAAGACAGGCAUCAAAAUCUAUUGGGAGCUUAAAAAAACUAUUCUUUAGUUUUCUUCUGUUUUUGCAUUAAGAGGAACCUUCAAGACAGAACUAACGAGAUUUGCUAAGAAGAAUCUUUUUAAGGGAAGUGGGGGACAGCAAAAAAAUGUGUAUGAACACUCUUAUGCAUAUGAAUGCACACAUAAAUAGGCAUACACACACAUAUGUAACACACAUCCAGUUAUUAACUUUUAUACUUGUAGCAGAAUCCAUGUCUGUCAUGAACCCCAGCCCUUCAGUAUGUCAGCAAUAAUAAAAAUCCAAGAUUUCUUGCUUUCUCUUUCUCCUACAAAUAAAUUAUUUAAGCACAAGUAGUGGACAAUCAAAGAUGCGGAGAUUUCCUUGUGUUCUGUAUUUUGUGCACUUUCGCUAGUUUCAUGCUGUUACUGUAAAUGUUCUAUUUUAAGACUACAGGUUGGAUACACCUGCCUAUCCUGUUAACUGAAUCUCAGUGAGGAAACAGGUCUCGCAAAAUUUUUCAUUCAAUUUUUGUUUUUAUGUUCUUGUUGCUUCAUGGUAUUUCUCUUACAGCUUCAACACCCAUGCUAAUUUAUGUUCCUCAAAGCGAAAAUCCGAUUUUUCCCCACCCCUAGAUGUUUUUCAGAUUUCCACAGCCACAAACAAGUGCCUGUGAAGCAGAAUGAAUAUUUUACAAUAAAAGGGUACAUACUAUGAUAUUUAGAUUUAUUUAUCACAUGUUCCAUGAAAGUCUAUCUAUUCUUCUUGGCUGAAAGAAAAGAAAUGAGAAACAAUGCAUUUAUUUGAAGUUUCUAUUUUGUCAGUCUUUAAGUGAAUGUUAUUGUGAAUGUCACUGGGUGCUAUGAACAGAUGUGAAGUACAGUAAUUCAGAAGUGUAUUUAUCAUAAUAUUACAAGGGAAUUUAUUUCGUAAAUGUCACAUCUCAAGUCUGUAUAUAUGGCAGGAAAAAAUAUAUAUAAGUGACUUCAGUGUUCAUUGUCUAGAUUCAGUAUUUUUUCCCAAGGAUUCUCCAUUUUGUGAACAAAAUCGUGCCUUUUGCUAUACCUCUUUUCAAAGAGAACAGUGUUGAAUGUUGUGGGAAGAACUUAUUUUUAUGGAAUAUGAAACACUUUAUGUUGACUGUAGAUUUGCAAUCAGCAAUGCCAAAAUGUGUCACAAACUCAUGACUUAAUUCCCAUCUCCCCUUCAAACAAUUAAGUUAAAUCAUGUGAUGCAUGGAUUUCUGAUCACAUAAGCUGCUUGUUUGGCUGCUUAUGAAUGUGUGUUUGCAUGCCUGUGCAUAUGCAUUUGGACCUGUGUAUGAAUGCUUGUGUGUUCAAAUUUAUGUGUGCUUGUGAUAACGCACGAGUGCUGCAGCCUCAUCCUUUUGCACAAGCAUGGAGCUAUUGCCCUGAAAGAAUUGUUUUAAAAACAGUUUACUAAUCCAUACGUUUUUCAUUCAAUUUAAUGUCAUGUGUAAGAAAGUAAAAUCUCUUUCUCUUGCCAUUUUAAGCACAGUAUUAACAAUGUUCAAUGCAAUUUAAUGAUGCUAAAGGUACAAGGUAUGAUUCAGAGCACAUAGUUGUAUAAGUAUUACAGCUAAAAUAAAGCACACCAUUUGUGUUGCUUUACAUUCAGUGUAUAUGUUGGCAAGUUAAAUAUGCAAAUAUUUUUUUUUCAAUUGAGCAGUGCCUUUGAUAAUGUGUCUUAAAAAUCUAGUAAUUAUCUUUUAUUCUUAAAAAAAUAUUUUCCCAAACUUCUUAUUUUCAUUGUCUGGGCAGUAACUUACAUUUGUUGCAUUUUGUUCAGGAUAUCUGAUUUUUGAUUUGUUACUGCAACAACUAAAACUAAAUAUGCAUACAAUAAGAGGUGGACUGUGAUAUCAGUAUCACAGCUAUCACCAAACAAAUUAGGUUUGAUACAAUUAAUGUAAUUUGGUUUGAGACAAAGGAUCAUGGUGUCAUCUUCAGCAUGUGAACAGCAGAUGAGUAAACCUUGCUUCCUUAUUUUUCUCCUCUCAACAUUUAUGUUUAUGGAAGUUAAGAUUGUUAUGAAAUUAUUGCAUUUUUAAGAGAUAAUAAAGACAUAAUUUAGAUCUGGUGCCGGUAACCUUGCCAUAAGCAUGAAUUGUUUCAUAGAAAGGUUACUAUUUUCUGAACAGUUUUUAUUUUUACAAAAACUGGAAACAACUAAAACCUCAGAAGAAAGUUCAUCAGACAAUGUCUCUUAAUGUAUAGUUGUUGUUCUUCUCUAUUGUUUUCAAGAAGAACAUUUGGGUACCCCCAUGUUCUGCUUGAGCGCAGUGAUUUCAUUAACUUAAGAGUUACCUUAGCUCGCAUUCUGCCAACAGAACAAAACUUUCUGCCAAGUCCAGUUCUCAAGAGCUCAGUGCUUUCUUUCUGAAAGCAUUUAGGGUCAGUCUGGAGUAAAGAUGACCAAAUGAAAAUGGGACUCCCUGCAUUGCCUCAUUGACACAUUGAACAUAGAUGUUACUGCUUGAUCGUAAUGCGACUGUUCACAAGCGUCUGUUGAAGCAUGGUUCUUAUACAUUUUGAACGGCGUAUUGCUGAUGUUUGCCCUUCCUGCAGCUUGUUCAUGCUUGUUCAGCUCUUAAGUGAAUGCUGGAUAAAAUACUGAAUUGGCUCUUGGAUGUUAAAAGUGCAGACAUGCUGGCCCUCCAACCAUUCGCAAUGUAGAUACUGCCUUCUGUCAGUCACAGUUUUGUCUUCCCAGUCUCACCUUCCAUUUAAACCCAUUCUGGUCAAAAGAACAAUCAGGCAAAGACAAGCACUACUCAUGCUUUUUCAGUGUUGUGCUAGUCUAGCAAGAACUUAGAGUGCAAAACUUUUUUUGGUCCCUUUUUUCGGUAUUACUGUAAUUCAAGAUGUUUGCAUAUACAUGUAGUGCAAUCCAUAAUUUAUCAAUUUUUUUAAUGUACCUUUUCUUUUGAGAUUUUAUUUGCGCUGUGCAAACUGUUUUUCUUUUUUUUUUUUAGUUUCUUGUAAAUUGUCUUAUUUUGUAUGACUGCCUUUGUGUUCUUCAUAGCUGGGCCAUAGAAAUUUGUUCAGUGCAUUGCAGUAUUGAAUUCUAGAUCUGUACAAACAACUUUCGCUCAUUGCCAGUUGCCAAGAAUGGCAAGCUUGCACCAUUUGCCGGUCGCCAUGGCAUUGGCAGUGCUGUAACCUGAUGGGUGAGAAGAAAGAGCACUGUCUGUGACCCAUGAAUUUCUGGGCCAACAGCAGCACGGUUAUGCAUUUCAUUUGCAAGAAAGACAAUUCAAGAAGUGUGUUUUUCGAUGAAAGCAAAUAUAUGUUUUUCUUGUUAUCAAUUGGUAGAUGUCUAUGUAAUGUUGACCAUUUUUGAUGAAGUACAUACGCUUAUCACUUUGUGAUCUAGUAGCUACAACAGUCUGUUGAAUCUGGUGAUUUUGAAAUGCCAUUUUGCUCUGUUUCCACACUGAUUAGUCAGUAACCACAAGCAAGAAGUGGGCAUGUUCAAGUGGCUCAUAAAUAUUCUUCUUUACAUGACAUUGUAUUUUUCCCCUUUUUUUGGCUGACAAAGUUUUAAAUUAUUUUUUAAAUAUAGCUUAUUGUAAAUUCUUAUUUUUACCCAUUUUUAAUUUUCAACUCAAGAGGUAAAAGUUUGUUCCUCUGUAGGGUACAUACCAACAAAUAUUUUGCACAGGUAAACACUGGACACACAUCAGCUAAACAAGAUCUAGUCAAAAUCUGUCAAAAUUCUUACAUGAAAAACAACUUUACCCUUGGCAUGCACAUAAGCAACGUUUUCGUGAAAUGUAAAAUUUUUAAAUAUUUUUUUCACAUUCUUUUUGUACAGUAAAGAAGCCUUUAAUGUUACAAAAUUUCAGUUUUUCCCCCUCCUCUCCUUUUUUUUUUUUUUUUUGAAAGCCAUGCUUAAGACAGUGAAAGAAAUGAGGUACAAACUGUUCCCACUUCCUGCUAUGGUGCUGAUGGCAGCAGCUUGGUCCUGCACUUUUCGAUGCAUGCUGAAUUCCUGCGCAUGCUCUCCAUUGUCUGAGAGAGUACAGUGACUGACUGGUUGGAUCAACUGUCCCUGCUGCUGCACGCACCGACAAGUGGUCUAGUGACCUUGCCCGUGACUGGUAUAAACACAUCUAUAAGUCUAUCA